AUGGAGAGGCACGAGCAGUACGAGCGCGUCUUCACCCGCUUCGACUCGGACGGCGACGGAAGGAUCUGCCCGGCGGAGCUCCGGCGAUGCGUCGGCUCUAUGGGCGGCGAGAUGACGGCGGAGGAGGCGGAGGCCGCGGUGGAGCUGAUGGAUUCCGACGGGGACGGACUUCUCUGCCUGGAUGACUUCCUGAGGAUUGUGGAAGGCGCCGGGGAUGAGGAGAAGGCGGGAGAUCUGAAGGCGGCGUUCCAAAUGUAUGUGCAGGAGGGAGGCGCGUGCAUCACACCCAAGAGCCUAAGGAAGAUGCUGUCCAGGCUGGGGGAGAGGAAGAGCGUGGGCGAGUGCAGAAAUAUGAUCGCUCGAUUUGAUCUCAACGGCGAUGGGGUUCUCAGCUUCGAUGAGUUCAGGCUCAUGAUGUCUAAUCGUGGAUUGGAGCCUAGCGAACCGGGAACUAGACGGCACCUAGAUAGGAUUGAGAAUGUGGGUGUCUACUGUCUAGACGCAACCAAGACGACAAGGUGUCCGCCUAGCCACCUAGACGCGAGAAAAUCUCAUCCGAUUCCUCAGCGUUGCGGCAUCUUCGUCAGCCGUCAUGAUUCGUCCCCGGCGACCUUCCAUUGGCGGCCAAUCGUCGCUUUGUCUCAACAGACAACCCUCCAUCGCCGACCAUACUCAUAUCCGGCGACCUUCGCCUUUGGUUUGGAGGAGUUGCAAGUCCAUAUCCCUAACAAGCUUCAUCCUCCCGUCACUGUCACUGUCGCUCAGCGUCGGACCUCUCCCGUCGACCUGGAAGCUCUCGCCGUGAAGGCCAUGAUGUCAGUCGACCGUCGGCUCUCCUCCGCCUGGUGCUCCGACGAGAAUGGCGAGCUCGUUCUCUGUCUAUUCUCAACGGCGAUACUCAGCACUCAAGCCGCCAUCUCGACGGCGUCCGUAGCGACGGCUCGUUGCUUGAUUCUCUCCGAAGUUUUAAAAACCCCACCUUGGUCGGCGAGUCUCCGACGAGAUGGAGGGACAUGUCAUAUUGCAGACGGCAGCAAGAAGCUUGUGUCGGUGGGAGGCGGGGUGGCGGAUGGCUGCCGGUGGCCAUGA